AUGCAACUUCUCGUCCUUUUCCUUGCUCUCCUCGGCCUUUCGUCCGCUUUCUGGCACGGCGGACAACGCUCGUACAACGGCGACAACGAUUGGAACGGCGAUAUGCGCAAUCUGGCCGACGAGCAAAACUUUGACGACGGAGCCAGCGAGGGAUUCGUUCCGCCACGUGGAUUCGGGCCGCCCUACAACCGACAAUUCGAGCACAUUCGAUUCGGAAGAAAGUGA